AUGGAAAUAUCUAUUAAAAGAUCCUGCUUAUUUCCAUUACAAACUUUACCUAAAACUUCUUGGAUAGAUCAACCACAUAUUCAAGUUUUCACCAUGAGUAAAAAGACGUCUUCUCAAAAAAAGAAAACAGUUACAAAUUCACAGGAAGUAAUUGUAGAUGAAUCCAAACUGAAUUGGAAACCUGUGGAUAUCCCGGACACUUUGGGUGACUUUGGUGGGUUUUAUGGGUUAGAAGAAAUUGAAGGAGUAGAUGUUAAAAUUGUAAACGGUAAGGUAAACUUUGUCGCUAAGAGUGAUGCGAAAGCGGUGAAAGACAUCACAAAGAAAGAUGAUGAGGAUAAACAGGGACCCGCGGAAAAUGAAUCUGAUUCGAGUUCGGCAUCCGAACUUCUUGAAUUUAAGAACUUGGACGAUAUUGAAGAAGGAGAGUUAAGUGCAGCUUCCUAUUCAUCAUCGAGUGAAGAUGAACAAGUGGAAAUUGAGAAUUCAGAAUUAACUGACGCAAACGAGGAUGUAGAUGAAGAUGUUUUAAAAGAAAAUGUUUUCAAUCAAGACGUAAAUAUCGAUGAUAUUUCUCCGGUAAAUUUACCUGAAUGGACGAAUCUUGCACCUCUCUCAAUGACUAUCUUACAAAGCUUACAAAGUUUGAAUUUUCUCAGACCUACAGAAAUUCAAAGAAAAUCCAUUCCCGUUAUCCUGCAAGGAAAGGAUGUCAUGGGCAAAGCCUCUACAGGUUCAGGUAAAACAUUGGCUUAUGGUAUUCCGAUUAUAGAGCAAUUGAUUACUAAUUUUUCGCAGAAAAACAAGAAACCGAUAUCAUUAAUUUUCACCCCUACACGAGAACUUGCGCAUCAAGUCACUGAUCAUCUCAAAAAAAUCUGUGAGCCUGUUCUAGCAAAAUCUCAGUACUCGAUAUUAUCAUUAACAGGUGGACUUUCCAUUCAAAAGCAACAACGUCUAUUAAAAUACGAUAAUAGUGGCCAGAUUGUCAUUGCAACACCAGGUAGAUUUUUGGAAUUAUUAGAAAAAGACAAUACGUUAAUUGAAAGAUUUUCCAAGGUAGAUACAUUAAUUCUCGACGAAGCUGAUAGAUUAUUACAAGACGGUCAUUUUGACGAAUUUGAAAAAAUUAUCAAAUACUUAUCAAUGGAAAGGAGGAAAAAUAAAGAAAAAAUUUCCGAAGGUAAGAACAAAAUCUGGCAAACUUUGAUAUUCUCUGCAACUUUUUCGAUAGACUUAUUUGAUAAGCUAUCUUCCUCUCGUCAAGUGAAUAAAAAAUAUAAGAACAGCGAAGAUGAAUUAAAUGCCGUAAUACAGCACUUGAUGAGUAAAAUUCAGUUCAAUUCAAAACCAGUUAUAAUAGAUACAAAUCCUGAGUCAAAGGUAAGCUCUCAAAUUAAAGAAUCUUUGAUUGAAUGUCCUCCACUAGAACGUGAUCUAUACUGUUACUACUUCCUAACAAUGUUUCCUGGCACAACUUUGAUCUUUUGUAACGCAAUUGACUCUGUAAAGAAACUGACUGUGUAUUUAAACAACCUAGGUAUCCCCGCUUUCCAAAUUCAUUCUUCUAUGACACAGAAGAAUCGUUUGAAAAGUUUGGAAAGAUUCAAGCAACAGAGUGCCAAACAAAACACAAUAAAUCACUCAAAUCCGAAUUCCUUUCAAAUAUCAACAGUAUUGAUUGCAAGUGAUGUUGCCGCAAGGGGUUUGGACAUUCCGGGUGUCCAGCACGUUAUCCAUUAUCACUUACCAAGAUCUACUGAUAUCUAUAUUCAUAGAUCGGGCAGAACUGCAAGGGCAGGUUCUGAAGGUGUUUCUGCCAUGAUAUGUUCGCCUCAAGAAUCCAUGGGCCCAUUAAGGAAAUUAAGAAAAACUUUGGCUAUAAAAAACAGUGUCUCUGCAGAUUUGAAGACCAAGUCAACUAACAGAAAGCCUAUUAAAUGGCAAAAUACCGUACCUUUGUUACCAAUCGAGACCGACAUACUUUCACAACUUAAAGAAAGAAGUAGAUUAUCAGGCGAAUUAGCUGAUCAUGAAAUAGCUUCCAACUCCUUGAGGAAAGAUGAUAAUUGGUUAAAAAAGGCUGCUGAUGAAUUAGGCAUUGAUGUCGAUUCGGAUGAAGAUGAUAUAUCGAAAAGUAAUUCAGACACUUUUCUUCUUAAGAAUAAAAAUAGAAAAAUGCAAAAGACCAUAGGUAAGGAUAAAGUAAAAGCAAUGAAAGCUGAAUUAAACGAGUUGUUGGCAGUACCUAUACGUAAAGAUAGAAGACAGAAAUACUUGACAGGUGGGCUGGUAAAUUUGGCUGAUAAUCUAGUCAAAAAGAGAGGUCAUAAUACUAUCAUUGGUCAUGAAAAAAUAAACGCUUUGGAAACAUUGAAAAAGAAGAAGAAGAGAAAUAAUUAA